UGUUGUGUACCGUGCUUCCUCUUGCUACUCUUAGGUUUGGGUUGUUCUGGCGGAAAAAAGCGUGCUUAGUCUAAUAAAAGCAGGAAAAUUUUGAUUUUUGGUGAUUCCUAUUAUGCAUACGCAUGAGUAUUUCAAAACUCCAGCGGAUGAAGACGAACUCGAUGACAUAGAUGACGAUAUGGUUGUUGGUGUAAUAGCUGAAAUAGAGCAGGACGUGCUCAACGAAUCUGAAAGUGACGACGACGAAUACGAUUUGGUAGACAUGGGAGCUCCAGAGCCACAACAAAAUGACGGUAACAGCAGCUCAAAUGAGAGCAUCAGUAGUGACGGCAGCUUCAAUCCGGAUGGAGAGGAUACCGACUCCGAUGAUUCAAUGAUCGACGAGGCUGCAGCGGGUGGAGCAAGCAGUGCCAAGCGUCGCAAGGAGCAAAACGCAAUAGAUGGAACGGGGCCCAGUGGUUCAGGUCCGAGUGGAUCUGCUGAUUAUUCACAUUUGGAUGAAGACGAUGAAACCGAUGAGACAGUGCGUGCAAUCAUUGCAGCUAUAAAGAAGCCACGCAGUGCUCCCCCCGAGAUUAAAUUAGAGGAUUUUAUCACGGAUAUCUGCUUCCAUCCGGAGCGAGAUAUUAUCGCCCUGGCGACAAUAAUUGGAGAUGUGCAUCUAUACGAAUAUGGCAACGAGGAGAACAAACUGUUGCGUUCGAUUGAAGUGCACGCCAAGGCGUGUCGAGAUGUUGAGUUCACCGAGGAUGGACGCAGUUUGAUUACAUGCUCCAAGGACAAGUGCGUCAUGGUUACCGACAUGGAAACGGAGAAACUAAAGAAAUUGUACGAAACGGCACAUGAUGAUGCGAUUAACAAACUGCAUGUGCUCGACGAGCGUCUAUUUGCCACCGGGGAUGAUGCAGGCACAGUGAAGCUUUGGGACUUUCGCACCAAAGAUGCAAUAUUUGAACUGAAAGAGGUGGAGGAUCAGAUAACACAAAUGCUAACGAACGAACAGAACAAACUGCUGUUGGCUACCAGCGCCGAUGGCUAUUUGACCACGUUUAAUAUUGGUGCUCGGAAAUUAUAUGUGCAAUCGGAGCCCUAUGAAGAGGAGCUCAACUGCAUGGGCAUCUAUCGAGGCAGCUCGAAGUUGGUGGCAGGUACCUCUAAGGGACGCCUUUACACCUACAAUUGGGGCUACUUUGGCUACCAUUGCGACAUGUAUCCGGGUAUCAAGAGUCCCAUAAGUCUGAUGAUACCCAUUACGGAUCGGAUUGCCUGUGUAGCUGGCGAGGAUGGUAACAUACGUGCCUGUCAUAUUGCUCCCUAUCGAAAUCUGGGCGUUGUGGGCCAGCACAAUAUGCCCAUUGAAUCGAUGGACAUCAAUUGUAGUGGCGAGCUGUUGGCAUCGUCAUCGCACAACAACGAUGUGCGCUUCUGGAAUGUCAAAUAUUUCGAGGACUUUGGCGAUAUCAAGUACAAUGAGAAGCAUAACGCCUACAAGGAUAAACGACACAAUUUACCGUCAUCGAAGUGCACAAACGCCUCUGACUUUUUUGCCGAUAUGACCAAGGAACAGGAUGACGACGACAACGGCGACGGUGGCAACGAUACCACAGCUGCACCCAGCAAUGUUACCUAGAUUCUUUCAGUCAUUCAAAAUUUGUAGCUCGGCAUUAUACAUAUAUCAUUGUUAAACAUUUCUUAACAAUUUUUAGCUAUAGUAUUGUAAGUCCUUGUGCUGUAAAGGCUUAAUAAAAGUUAGCAUGUACCUAAAUACAUACCAGUUCAUAGAAUAUUUA